UCGUCGUGAUAAAGUUCAAGUAUCAAUACGUGUGACAAAGCACAGUGAGAACUGACUUCAAAUUGGACCUGAAUUUAAUAUGUCAUAAAGCAGGAUCCAAGAUGGACUUGGGACUCCUACGGCAGGUUUCAGUGGCUCACAGGCAAGGACAAGACAGCCACCAUUUCUCGCAUCUGCGGCUCGGACUUAUCGGAAAAACUGUGGAAUGCCUAGAAGAUACCUCAAAUCGGUAUCUCCUGUCCGCCAUUUUUGAUUUCAAGUUAGAUACUGAACAUUCUGGUUUAUCCUACGCCCCUUCAUGUCAGAAACACAAGAAAGUUUUAGGUGAUAUUAUCAAGAAUGCAAACAAACAGUUGAAAGAGGCGUGCAAGGGUUGUUCGAAUUGCGUGGAACAUAUAAAAUACGUCGAUCACUUCUUCAAGAAAGGGGGACUUUCUUCUCUUGUCAGUGAUACCCAAAGAGAACUACACAAACAGAAUUACAGAGUUCGAGAGUUACAGACAGAACUUCGCGAAAUACAAAGACAAUUGAGUGAGAAGAUAUCUGAGAACAGUACUCUUAAGGACGCCAACAACAUUUAUCUUUCACAACUGGAGGGAAAAAGCACAGAAGAGCAAACGUUGCGAUCGACGACAGGUGAUUUGUCGACCAGAAAUCAAAGCAUGACGUCAAAGAUGGCACAGCAAAAUAAGAGGCUGGCCGAAUUGCAGCACAGGAUAAACAGGGAAUUAAACCCGCACGCCGUUAAUGUUGCCAGACCGGCUGCGGCCACGACCCCUGACCAGUUGGUGGACAUGUACACGAUGGACCUGUACGAGGAAGAGCACGACAGAGCUCUGGACCAACUGCAAGACGACUUUGAAUUCACGGAAGAAGAAGGGAUCGGUAUUUUGUUCACAGCAGUGACUGUGUCAUAUGAAUGCACAGAAAAGGCGCUUCAGAACUAUACGCAGGGGUGGAAGGCCUCCUUGAGGGUACCGACGAUAGACGUCAAUUUCAACCAAACCUUUCACGGUCAUGGGAGUUUUCGCACGUCUUCAGAAGGCAAACACAGCCAUUCUUCCGACAGUCGGCAUAGUUCAUUAGAUGCCAAUCUUCCCAGGCACGUGGAAGACGCAUGCGCCGACAGCGAAGAAGAGAAGGAACUUUUCGAUCGGAUAUCGCACACGAUUCGGCAGUUCCUGGUCAACAACACAGAGCGGCAUGACUUAAAGGAAAUAAAUCAGGAUGUGUUAGAGCAAUUACGGACCAGUCUCCAGUGCAAUGAAGACGUCAUCAAGUCAUCCUGUUUGAAGAGAUUUGUCCGUCACUGUGUCCGUGUGUUUUGGAAAAUGGUGGUCCUGGACCCGCCGAUGAAACUAGACUGGAGUGGUGCGAAGAUGGACAAAGAGGUGCAUGAGGAUCGGUGGGGUUGCACCUCAGGAGAAAUAAACUAUUUCAUCUGGCCCGCUCUCUAUAAUGGGCGAGGGAAACUUGUGUGCAAGGCAAAAAUUGCUACCAAACGACAGGGGACCGCCAUACAGGCUGAUGACGUCACCGCUCAGGCCAUCGCUUCCGAUUCUGGUAGUGACGUCACAAGUGUGGCUUCUACGCCUGUAUUUGGUCUGUCAACGGAUGAGGGUGCCAGCUUAACGGGCUGUUCGCCAAGGACUGCGGACGAACGCGCAUGCAUUCCAGGGGCACCGAAGAGUUUAAAUCCGGGAGGUACCAGUCGUUUUAACGAACUUGGUCGCGUGGCGGCGUCGCCGAGGCCAGACACCUCUGGUAAUGACGAAAGUUACCGACACGAAGGAACGUCUUUUCUGGGAUAUGCCUCAAAGUACUUGCUUAAAUAAGGCUUAUGUUUGAGAGCGUGUUGGGAUUGAUUGCCGUAGGUCGAAGACCACCUUUUAAAAUGAUUUUUUUUUCUUUUUAUACCCUGAUGAAAAUAACUUUUGCCAAUAAUAUUUCCAGUUUUGGAAAACAUCAUAUUAAAACAGUUACCGGUAUAUCUAUGUGAACAUGUACUGUAUAAAUGAACUUUUUAAUAAAUGACUGUCAUGACAAUAAAGAAGAAAAUACAAUGUU